AUGUCCGCCCAAAUAAACAAAACGGAGACUCCCAAAAUGAGCAGAUACUUGGAACUUCAGAAGAACCAUUCAUUCUACGACACACCAUAUGAUAUGCUUGUGCAGUGUGAAGAAGUACGACAAGGUCUUCCCGGUGCCAGUAUGGCUACCUGCGUUUCGUCCACUAUCCUAGGCAUCUAUUCUGGAUACCUCCUGCCAUUCGUAUGCACAUUUGGCUUCCUGGCGAAUGUGUGGACUUCAGUUCUGUUUCUUCUCGGAUUUCGACGACCGACACGACAGCUUGUAUACCUGGCAUUUUUGGCAAUAGCUAACGCGGCGAUCCAUGUGUUAUGGGGCUGGUUGUGGCUUUUUCCAGCAAAGGGACUUCCAUUUAUGACCAGAGCUCGUGUUUAUUAUUUCACAUUUUCCCAGUCUCAAGAAGCAUGUCGUCUACAUCGCUUCGCCUAUUCGUUCGGUUCCACUUUGAGCGCGAACCUCCUGUUGUUGGCAGCGAGCGACAGGUUUAUGUGCACCUACUGGCCAGUAAAAAUGCUCCGUUUCCAGAGGCGACACGCCUACUACGCCGUGAUUGCUGUCACUGUCUUGAGCGGAGUAAUGAUGUUGCCACUGGGCAUAUGUGUUGAGUGGGUGACAAUCGGAGAGAAAGUGUGGUGUUGGAUUGACAGUAAAUAUAGUGGACUUGAUGUCUAUCAUGCACUGUUCUCAAAUGCAUGUGUGAUUCAGCCACUGUGCACAGGCGUGUUGAAUAUUUGUUUUCUAGUAAAGAUCAGACAACUGCUGCACAAACGAGCCCAACUUUCCUCGUCGAUUGGUUCAAAGGAUCGACGGGACUUGGCCGCAUCCGAAACUCUAGUAGUAAUCACACUAGUUACGUUGUGCACGGCGCUGCCGCAAAGUGCUGCCUACAAUGCGGCAUUUGUCCUUUCCCGCAGACCGAACACACAGGAGCAAACAUCACUGGCAUUCAAUAUCUCCGACAUAAUGUGGUGUGUCAUGCUCACACAGACCGCUUGUAACAUUAUCGUCUACCUGGUGCGGAUGAGUGCCUUCCGAAAGAUGUCCCUUAGCGUGAUCAAAUGUCAGGGAUUUCGAAGAAGGCAGGUCGAGGGAACUAACGACCAGAACAAAACCUUUCAAGUAAAUAUGAGCACUCAACGCUCAAAUCCAGAAAACAUAACAACUUCAGGUGCUGCAACUUUUAGGAUCGGAAGCGACUAA